GAGAACCACCAGCAUGAAAACUCUUCCCAUCUGCUUCUUCCUUCCUUACACGUAGCGUUGCUAUCCGCAGUGGAAGCGAAGACCCUUUUGUCUGUUUCCACGCACUCGUCGCUGAGCUCAACACUUUUGCUCUUCACUCUCUCGCACCACCCAUUAGGGACGCGAACGGCGGCCAUCUCAGCGAAACCCGACGAUGAAGGCCGUCGUGAUCACAACCCCGGGGGACCCGGAAGUGCUCCGGUUGCAAGAAGUCGAGGACCCGAAGCUCGAGGACGACCACGUCCUGAUCAAGAUCGCGGCCACCGCGCUGAACAGGGCCGACACGCUUCAGAGGAAGGGCAUGUACCCGCCCCCGAAGGGCGCGAGCGAGUACCCGGGUCUCGAAUGCUCCGGAACGAUCGAAGCUGUUGGGAAGGGCGUGUCUCGCUGGAAAGUUGGGGAUCAGGUUUGUGCUCUGCUUGCUGGAGGAGGUUAUGCGGAGAAAAUAGCGGUUCCAGCAGGGCAAGUUCUUCCUGUUCCUGCAGGAAUUUCGCUCAAGGAUGCUGCGAGUUUCCCAGAAGUGGCUUGCACUGUUUGGUCCACUGUCUUCAUGAUGAGUCACCUCACUGCAGGGGAAACAUUCUUGAUACAUGGUGGCUCUAGUGGAAUCGGCACAUUUGCUAUUCAGAUGGCAAAAUAUUAUGGUGCUAGGGUAUUUGUAACAGCAGGGAGUGAAGAAAAGUUAGCUGCUUGCAAGGAUCUGGGUGCUGACGUUUGCAUCAACUACAAGACAGAGGACUUUGUUGCACGAGUGAAAGAAGAAACUGCAGGAAAAGGCGUCGAUGUGAUUCUGGACUGCGUUGGUGCGCCCUACUUUCAGAGAAACCUCGAUAGCUUGAAUUUUGACGGCAGGCUAUUCAUCAUUGGCUUUCAGAGUGGAGCAGUGACGCAAGUGGAUCUGAGAGGUCUUCUGGCCAGACGGCUCACUGUGCAAGCGGCGGGCUUGCGUAACAGAAGCACAGAGAAUAAAGCUGCGAUUGUAAGUGAGGUAGAGAAGGAAGUUUGGCCGGUGAUCGAGCAAGGCAAAGUGAAGCCCGUGGUUUACAAGUAUCUUCCUCUAGCCGAAGCGGCGGAGGGCCACCGGCUCAUGGAAAGCAGCAAGCAUGUCGGGAAGAUUGUACUUGUCACAUAAAGUUGGGGACUUGUAUUGUCUCUGUCUUGUUAAAUUGCGUGAGAGUGUCGCUAGUCAUGUGAAGGAGAACAAUGCACAGUUCCUGUUACAAUCAAAUUGGCAGAGAACUGAAAUAAACUAAAUAACUGCCUUGUUCUUUUACUAAGAGAUAUGAAAGCCCUUUGGAGGAAAAA